AUGACAAAAGGUGACAAACUGUCUAAAAACAAAAUUUCUAAAAAUGGGGGGAAGAUGUCUGAUAUGGAAAGCAAACCUUAUGCAAGGUUGAUUGGUAGUCUUGUGUAUGCACAGGUCUGUACUAGACCUGAUUUAUCAUUUGCAGUUGGAAUUUUAUCUUGGUUUCAGUCUAAUCCUAGUCAUGAGCACUGGGUUGCAGGGAAGAAAGUGUUUAGAUACUUGCAGAAAACAAAAUCUCAUAUGUUGGUUUAUAGACAAGUUAAAAAGCUUGAACUAGUUGACCAUACUGAUUCAGAAUUUGCAGGUCAUUAUCCAGAUUCUAAAAAGUCCACAUCUGACUAUGUGUUCAUGCUUGCAGGAGGGGCUGUUACAUGGAAAACCAUGAAACAGUCAUUGAUUUUCACCUCCACCAUGCAGGCUGAGUUCAUAGCUAUCUAUGAAGGAGUCUGUGAAGAUCCUUUUAUUGAAGCAUUAUCAGUUACAAGUUUUCAGAAACAUACCAAGAACAUGGGAAUUCUAUCACAUUUGGAGGCUUGA